GCUGUUCCAGUCUUUUUGUGUGGUUGCUGGCAUUUUUUUUAAAUUGCUGGCAGUCAAGUCGAGUCCAGUCCUUCCCUCCCUCCCUCCUUCCCCUCGGUGUCUCUCUCUCUCCACUGCUCGUGCUCGUCACUUGAGCACAACCACCGUAGGACGAGCUCCGCCUUCCUCUCUUAUUGAAUCAGUCAACACGGUUCGUUCCAGCGAGAGGAUGAGGCGCCUCGUUCUCGGCAUCGCGCUCGUGACGGCGUUGGCGCUACUGGCGCUCCCGAGCAGCAAUGGCAUCAUCACUGCUGCCGAGGCCAGCACGGCGGCAGCGGACAUCCCGAAGGAGCCGCAGCCGCUUGGGCGGAGUGUCACUGAGAGCCUGAACAUUGUCAAGCCCGCCAUCCUGGACCAGACGCCCGAGGUUGUCGCGUCCAUUGCAGCGUCGCAGCGCGAGUUCAAGGAGUUUGUCGAUGACGAUGGUCGCUGGACGCUGGUCGACCUCGACGCCAAGAAUUUCGAGCGCAGAGUCGUCAAGUCGCCCGAGCACUUUCUCGUCAUGUUCUCGCACCAGCGAUGCAUCCAUUGCGUGAGUCUUGUGUCUGCAUUCUACCAGGCGGCGGAUCUCCUGACGGGCAAGGCGCGGUGCGGCGUGUUUGAUCUCACCGCCGACAAGUCACUCGCUGCCAAGUACGCCGUGGAUGUCUUCCCAACCAUCCGCCUGUUUCUCAAUGGCAAGAAACCCUUCUUUGACGAUCUGCCAGGCUGGCGAUCGGCCACCGAACAAAAGGCAACACAGCUCGCGGCUUUCGUCGAGCUCAAACUCCACGACCUGCGCGAGGAGCGUGCCGAGCGCGACAAGGAGGCCGUCGCACAGGUUGGCAAAGGCACGAUGGUGGACCACUCCAUCAUUCGUUCCUUUGACGCGACCCACCCCGGUCAGGUCAUGGGCUUGACCGGUCAAAUCUACGACGCUCAGCCCGCCGUUCAACUCACUGGCAAACGUGCAUGGGACGACACCUGCCGCGGCGCUACCCAUUUCUGUUUGUUUGUGGCGCUGCCACGGGUGCUGCCGCCAUCGGGCAACAAGGAUGGAGAUGAAACCAGCAAGACUUCUGAUGCACUCUCGCCAGAAUCCAGCUACCAGCAGCAGCAAGCCCGCUACAUUCGCCAAGUCGAGCAACGAAACGAGUGGCUCAAGUUUCUUCAAGAUUUAUCGCUUCAAAUUGCAGAUCAACCCGAUGUGCGAAUCAUCUGGGCAGAAGGUGGCUCGCAGCCCUUCCUCGAAAAGGCCGUCAAUCUUGACAAGCCACGCGCCUUCAACCAAAAUUACCGCGCUCCCAAGUCAGCCAACGCCAGUGCGUCAGACUCGGAUGCGAGAGGCUCGAAGCGUCCGCAGAGUGGUGGUGGCGUAUCGGAUGCACUUGACCCGGCCGCAGAGCUUGUCACCGACAUGGACGACGGCCUCUAUCCCGGCAUGAGCAUGUUCGAUGUGCAGCAAGGCUCAGCUGUCAACUACCUGGGAAACAUUCGUCUGCACAACGUUGCCCAUUUCGUUACGAACGUGCGGAUGAACCAAGAGCGUCUUCGAGCUCGGAAACUCGAGAAAGUGCCAAAGCUGCUUGUUGUUCCGCGUUGGCGUGACCCCUUCAGUUCGAGCGCCUGUCUCGACGAAACAUGCAAGCCGACGCUGGAAGCCAUCUACACGCAACCCGAGAAUGAAGAUUUGCCAUUGGUAGAGAUUCCGUCGCGUGAAGCCGUCUGGAACCCACCGGAACACUUCCUUCAAGAUGUUCAAGACGAAUAUGAAUAUGCCAUGCACGACGUCCUCGACGUGUGGAACGAGAACAUGAAGGAAUGGGACGAAGACCCAAUGAAUGGACCAGCCGAAGCUCGCGCGCCAGAGGUGCCGGUCGAGCAGCAGCCAGACGUCAAGAGGAUGCUGAAGGAAAUUGCUCGCGAAGAGGACAAGGGCCGCCACUUGCAACUCAAGAAGGUCAUCAAGCAAACGCAACUGAAACUGGAAUCGGAGGAAGCUUAUCGAAAAAGUCUCGAUAGUCCGAGCGCAGACCGGCCGAAACCAAGUGCGGAAGGAACAUCCAAUCGCGAAAGCUCCAGACGUCGGCCGAUCAAAAAGGGCGAUGUUCUGCACGCCGCUGAAGGCGACGUGGUCGUCUUGUCCGAGUCUGUGGAACAUUCGACGGACGAUGAACGGUCGUCAGAGGGCGUGCAGUACGCUGGACACUCGACAUCACGCACAACCGUGGUGAUAGACCGCGAACUUUUGGAGGAGGACGACCAGUAUGAAGGAUUGCUCGAUGAUGUCGAGGUCGAGCUCGAGGAAGAAGUUGAACUCCCCAUGGAUGCGCUGGAAGACGAGGAUCUCCUCGACUUUGAUCAAGUGGCGCAACUCAAACGCCAGGGCAAGGUUCUCCUCGACGACGGCUUCGACCCCGACAAACUCAAAUCCCAAGAAACGCUGAAUGGCGAACGACCCUCGUUUGGUGAUGCCAUGCACUCUCUGCGCGACCUGCUGUCUCAGAUGGAAACAGCCGACGACACUCAGAUUCGCGCCGUCAAGUCCGCCAGGAAAGCAGUCAAGGCUUUUGCCGCCUGGAAGCGGCGGCAAGGCAUGCUCGAAGACGGCGACACCGAGUGGGAAGCCCAGUUUUCGUCCGAGCUCGGUGAUGUCGAAGACGACGAGGACGAGGUGAUUGGAGACGACGAUCCGGACGCUGCUCUUGAAGAUGAAGAGCUUGCAGAGAUCGAGGCCAGCGGUAACGAAGCCAUUGUGCACCGAAAGGUCAAACAAGCCCAAGAGGCGGCAAGGAAUGCUCGCAAGCUCGCCGCAGAAGUGCCAGUCCAGGUUGAUGACACGGACCCUGAAGCCAUGAAGCGAUUUUUGCGCAGCCAAGGCGCCCAGGAUGAUGCCUUUGAAGAAGAAAAGCGUCUUGCUGCAGAACGCGCUGCGGCAGCAGAGGCCGAGUCCGAGGAUGCUGACGAAUUUGAUGAUGACGAUCCAGACGCAGCGGAGGUCCCGGAGCGUCCGUUCGAUGCUGACGAGCUCAAGAAGGACGUCCUCCAAGCGGCCGAAACACUCGAGCAAGUGGUGGACCGACUGCAAUUCCUCAAUCCCGAAAUUCAAGUGAUGGCACACACACUUGAAACGAUUGAUCGCGACUUCCAUCGCGCAUUGGAUGUUCAAGGCAUUGAACCACCUCCGCGGAUUAAGCGACGAAGGCACAAGUCGCAUUUGACCGACCAGUUCUUCCAAGCUCCUCCGACCGAAGAAUCGAUUGCUGAAGCCGAAGGCAUUGCGCUGAACGAAGGAGAAGCAGAAGAAGCUUCACUUGACAACGACCAUUGGUCUCCAGUAGCGGACGACCAACCGGAGACAGGCUCCGAAAAGAAUUAAUUUGUGUAUUUUUGCUUUUUUGCUUUUUUGUUUAAGUUGGUUUGGUUUUAUUUUCUGUGUGUAUUGCUUUUUUUUUCGAAUGUUAGCCAAUGUACUUCUGCUUGCUACA